AUAACCAAUGGUUUGUCAUCUUUACCGGCACUGUCAUUUUAAUUAGCAACGAAAACAAUCUUUGUCCGAAAUAUAGUUCACCCUAUCAGGUCAUCUGUUUCUGGUAGUCGAGCCGGUUACACCUAGCAGCUUUAUAUUUCAUUUUUUAAAUAGAACUUUUGUGAAAUCACCAUGGGCCGUAAAUUCGUUGUUGGUGGUAACUGGAAGAUGAAUGGAGAUAAAAAUCAAAUUAACGAAAUAGUUAACAAUUUGAAGAAAGGUCCUCUUGACCCCAAUGCUGAGGUUGUUAUUGGUGUGCCUGCAAUUUAUCUGGCUUAUGUUAAAAGCAUUGUUCCUAACACUAUUGGAGUUGCAGCUCAAAACUGUUGGAAAGCACCCAAAGGUGCUUUCACAGGCGAAAUCUCUCCAGCUAUGAUUAAAGAUGUUGGUGCUGAUUGGGUAAUCCUCGGUCACUCAGAAAGGAGAACUAUCUUUGGGGAGAAAGAUGAUUUGGUAGCAGAGAAAGUGGCUCAUGCUCUUGAAUCAGGAUUGAAAGUAAUUGCAUGCAUCGGUGAAACCCUUGAAGAAAGGGAGGCCGGUAAAACUGAAGAAGUAGUUUUCAGACAGACUAAAGCUCUGCUGCCAGCCAUUGGUAAUAAUUGGGCAAAUGUUGUUUUGGCUUAUGAACCCGUAUGGGCUAUCGGAACUGGCAAAACUGCUACACCACAACAGGCCCAAGAUGUUCAUGCGUCUCUUCGUAACUGGCUGUCUUCUAACGCAUCUCCUGACAUUGCUGAAACUGUUCGCAUACAAUAUGGUGGCUCAGUAACUGCAGCCAAUGCUAAAGAGUUAGGCGCUUGCCCAGACAUUGAUGGCUUCCUUGUUGGCGGAGCCAGUCUUAAACCUGAAUUUGUUGAUAUUGUGAAUGCUACUCAGUAAAAUAUAAAUACAUUCAUCAACUCUCAUGCAAAUAUUAGUGAAAAUAUAUUAAUCAAAUAUUAUUCUGUUAUAGAUGA